AUGUGGACAGCCAGGCUCAGCUCUAUAGCGGUGUUGACACAGGUUGUUGGCACAUGGGCCGAUACGAUCACCCUCAACUGGGAAAUAACCUGGGUCAAUGCCGCUCCAGAUGGCUUUCACAGACCAGUCAUUGGCGUCAACGGUAAAUGGCCCUGUCCACCAAUUCACGCCACCGUCGGCGAUACAGUAGUGAUCAACAUGAAGAACAGCCUCGGCAAUCAGACGACGGGACUUCACUUCCACGGCAUAAACCAACUUGAUACAAACUAUAUGGAUGGAGCCUCCAUGGUGAACUCUUGUCCAGUUGUCCCUGGAAGCUCAAUGACAUAUUCAUUCACCGCCGACGAACCUGGCACUUACUGGUACCAUUCCCACAACAUGGCACAGUACCCCGACGGACUGCGCGGUCCUCUCAUCAUUCACGACGACAACGACCCUUUCGACGGAGAAUUCGACAAUGAGGUGAUACUCACUAUAUCCGACUGGUAUCACCAACAAACCCUGACACUGGUGCAAAAUAUGUUGGUCUCAAGCAAUGACCAAUGGCGCCCACCACUCCCUGACGGUAUGAUCGUCAAUGAGGGCGGGAACACGGAUAUUGAGCUUGACAUUGGUACAACCACUCGCGUCAGGAUUCUGAAUUUUGGAGCUCUUACAGCUUUCAUGCUCCGAUUCGGCUCUCGCGACAUGGAUGUCAUCAUGACUGAUGCGUCCUAUGUCCAGAGGGAGACAAUCCAUCAGCUGCGCAUUGCUCCAGGACAACGAUAUGACGUCCUGGUCUCUGCGACUAAGAAGGAUAAGGGGAAAAACAUACCCUACCUGAUUAGCAUGGAUCUGAACCGCGAUUUCACCGUAUCUGGUACGUGGACCUUCAACCAGACGGGCUACCUCAUUACCGAUGCGAAGGCGCCCUGCACCGCAAAAGAGGUUGUCCAGCAGUGGCGUCCCUUUGAUGAAGCCCUGUUCACUCCCCUCGAUGAGAUGCCGCUAUUGGGUCCGUUGGACAGGACGUGGACAUUGAACUUUGCACUUUGCAAGGACAUGAACAAUAUUCCUCGCAUGUGUUUCAACGAUCAGACAUACGUCAUGCAGAAGACACCGACCUUAUAUACUGCGGCUACUGUUGGCAAUGCAAAUACAGACCCCAGCGUCUAUGGCGCUGUCCUGCCGUUUAUCAUUGAGUAUGGUGACGUUCUGGAAAUUGUCAUCAACAACCUCGACCCUGCAAUCCACCCCUUCCAUCUACACGGGCACCAGUUCCAGGUCGUCGAAAGACCAGAGAGUGGCUCUGGCUCGUUCGAUGGAUCUUCUACUGCGAACCCGGUGCCGCCCCGACGAGAUGUCAUUAGCAUCAACGGCGGGUCUUAUGCCAGACUGCGCAUAACCGCCGAUAACCCGGGCGUGUUCCUAUUUCAUUGCCAUAUCGAAUGGCAUGUCGAAAUGGGCCUUACCGCUACCCUCAUUGAGGCGCCCGAGAUGCUCGAUGGUUACGAUAUCCCGCAAGCAAUGAUCGAUUCGUGCAAGGCUCAGGGAUAUCCCGUCGCGGGUAAUGCUGCUGGCGAUACAAUUAAUGUCUGGGAUGACUCGGGGUACCUUACUGAUCCACCUUCGACUUACUCUGGCUCCCAGUGGCCUGUUCCCAAGGGUGGCAACAGCCAAAAGAGUCGACCGAGGCGAAAGCCGAGUGGCCAGUCGUCUCAAACUAGACAGAUCAGCAACAUGUCAGGUGAAUUCCAGCACAGGAUCACCUGGUAG